CUAUGUAUUAAUCAUAACCUCUCUAAUUCGCUUUGUCGGUUGUGGUUGUUUUUAAGGAUAUGUGCUCUAAAAUGUGCUAUUCUGUAAAAAAUUGCAAACUUAUUUAAAACUAAACGUUUCUGAUUAACUAAAAAUAAAGUUCGUUAGGUCAGAGUGUCAUGAUUAAAUAUAAUCAUGGAUCUUGCGUCUACACAAGCAAUGGUACUGGAUGUUCUACAACGAGCAUCAAGUCAAAAUUCAGAAAUUCUGAAGCCAGCAGAGGCAAAACUAAGUGAAUGGGAAAUACAACCUGGCUUUUAUUCAGUCCUACUGCAAAUAGUUACCAACCAUUCUGUGGAUGUUAAUGUUAGGCUUGUAGCAGUGUUAUACCUGAAGAGUGGUGUUGACAAAUACUGGCGUAAAAAUGCUCCAAAUGAAAUUUCUGAGGAGGAAAAAAGAUCAUUGAGACAGGGCUUAGUAACUACCUUUGCAGAACCAGUGAAUCAAAUUGCCAUACAGUUGGGGGUUUUGAUUUCAAAAAUUGCCAGGUUUGAUUGUCCAAGGGAAUGGCCAGAGUUGAUACCUACACUUAUACAAGCUAUAGAAAAUAAUGAUCCUUUAAUACAGCACCGUGCUUUACUAAUAUUGUAUCAUGUAGUUAAAGCCCUUUCUUCCAAGCGUUUAGCAGGAGACCGUAGACUUUUUCAGGAACUUAGUGCAAGCAUUUUUGCAUUUAUUUUGAAUUUAUGGAAUACUUUUACAGAAGCAUUUGUCACUAGCAUUAAUCAUGACGCAGCAACCGAAAUUGUAACAGAAAACUUAGAAAAGGCUCUGCUUAAUCUUAGAAUAUUAAGAAAACUAACAGUAUUUGGUUUUCACAAGUUGCAUGAAAAACAGGAUUGUCUUUGCUUUUUGAAGAUGAUUUUUGAAAGAGCUAAAACUGCAUUAGAGUGUAGGAAGCAAUUAAGGGGGAAAGGUAUAUAUGUGCUUGAACUAUGUGAAAAAUUCAUAAUCCAUCUAACUAAAGUCCUUCUGAGCGUAUUGGACAUGCAUCCCAUAUCUUUUGUUAGUUUUAUUCGUCCCACAUUAGAGUUUACAGUUUUUUAUCUGUUUACUACUGAAGGAACUCAGUACACGUAUGAACGAUUUAUCAUUCAGUGUCUAAACUUGAUAAAAGGUAUUCUCUUAUGUUCUGAAUACAAAUUAGCAAAAAUACCGGAAUUAACGAAAGAUAUUGCCCAAGAGGCGAACCAAAUAAAAGUUUCUUUCUUUCAACCUGAAAUUCUUACCGAUAUUUGUCGCAAAAUUGUUUCGCAUUACAUGCUUUUAAAAAGGGAUGAUUUGGAGUUGUGGGACGCUGAUCCCGAAACCUUUGCCAAUGAUGAAGUAGGAGAAAGCUGGAAAUACAGUUUAAGGCCUUGUGUUGAGACGGUUUUCGUGACCUUAUUUCAUGAAUACCGGGACACUUUGGCCCCCGUGAUGGUGGAGAUGAUAAAGGAGACAGCAACUGUAGUGGAUGUUCACGAUCUUUCGGGAAUUUUAAAAAAAGACGCUGUUUAUAAUGCAGUCGGAUUGGGAGCUUAUGAUCUUUAUGAUGAGAUCGAUUUUGACCAAUGGUUCACGAACACCUUAGUCCAAGAGUUGAAAGUAAAAGACCCUAAUUAUCGCAUAAUUCGACGAAGAGUGUCACGCUUAAUUGGCAAUUGGACUGGGAUUAAGCUCUCUACAGAUUUGCGACCACUUCUUUACGAGUGUAUUAUAAACCUCUUGGGCUCCGAUGAGGACAUGGCAGUCAGAUUGACCACCUCAACUACCCUCAGGCAUGCCGUAGACGACUUUGAAUUCAACGCUGAGCAGUUUAGACCCUAUUUAGACACUACGUUCAAUCUUCUAUUUAGUCUCUUGAAAGAAACCACAGAAUGCGAGACUAAAAUGCACGUUUUGAACGUGAUGACCCUUGUGGUAGAAAGGGUGGGUCAGACAAUUCAACCUCACACUGAAGCUCUCAUACAUUAUCUGCCUCUGCUCUGGAAGGAAUCGGAGGAGCAUAACAUGCUCAGAUGCGCCAUUGUGUCCACUCUUGUGCAACUAGUCAAAGCCCUGGGACCCGCCAGUGCCGAACUCAACCCCUUCUUGUUACCAAUCAUUCAACUGGGCACCGACACAAAACAAGGCGCUAUAGUCUACUUGCUUGAAGAUUGUUUGGAACUGUGGCUGACUGUUUUGGAAAACACCAGUAACAUGACCAAUCAGCUGAUGCAGCUGUUUGAUAACAUGCCUAAUUUGUUAGAUUAUUCAACUGAGACGCUGCACUGUUGCUUGGUUAUUAUUUUGGCACAUAUGCUGAUAGCUCCCGAGCUUGUUAUGAAGACUCAGGGACUGCAGUUGAUGACUGCUUGCGACUCUUUAAUGGCGGACAUGCGUUCGGAGGGUAUUUUAAUGCUUACGCGUGUCGUCGAGAACUUUAUACGUGCGUCACCCAAUCUUGGCUGCGAAACCGUGAAGGUCAUCCUGCCUAGGAUCUUCCAGUCAAUUUACCAAACUGAUACCAUGCCAAUGUUACUUUCCAUGUAUUUGUCCAUUGUGGCUAGGGUUCUUCUUUCAUCCCAUGGGAUAUUUACCGAAAUUAUAAGCUUGGUGGCGAGAAAAGAGAAUAACAACGAACAUAACGUCCUUGCCUCUAUUUUGGACGUCUGGAUUUCCAAGAUGAGUAACGUAACAAACAUCGAACGAAGAAAACUUGUUGGUCUAGCUCUUGUGAAUUUAUUGACAACUCAAAGUCGACCCGUUAUGGAACGUUUUAAGGGUAUAAUAGAGAGAAUAUUGGAAGUUCUUCAUGACGUAAGUAAAACGGAUGAGAAUGGUGCAACGGUGGAUUCGUUGGUGCUGACGGAAGGACAGAGCCCUAGCCAUUUCCAGCCGGAAUCUGAAAAUUAUGAGACUGACCACGACCAGAGGAAGAAGCAGUUGAUCUUAUUGGAUCCAGUCCACAACAUCGUAUUGAAGGAUUACUUCCAGUCACAGCUCUUGGAGCUGCAAAGGCAAAUAGGUCCGGUCAAUUUUGAACAGAUGUUGCAAAUGGUUGAUCCAGACGUUUUGUUGCAGAUUAAAAAAUACUACUUUAAAUUGUGAACGUAAUAAUCAGUUCAUUUCACCUUCCACCCCCCUUCCCUGCGUCACACGUCACUGUUUUUUAUUGUGCCUGAUUAAGUUUCUAAUCUUAUACAUAUUAUACAUAUAUUUAUGUAAAUAAAGCCUUUAAUUUUCCAUUUUA